AUGACCCAGUCCAAGGCCGACAAGAUCAACGAGGUCCAGCAGAACCUCCCCCUCCCCGAGCAGCCCCCCGUUGCCUCCGACUGGCAGUCCGCGGACGCCCGCAACGUCAACGUCGGCUCCGGUGGUGAUGCCGAGCGCAAGAUCGGCACCGAGACCGCCGCCACCUCUGGCCUGAGAGAACCUGCUUCCAAGGCCGCCGAGGACCUCAGCAGCGUUGGUCGCCAGGGUGUCGAGGGCUUGAACGGUCCCCCCAAGGACGCCGCUGCCCGUACGACUUCCCUGCUCGACAACCACUUGACUGUUGCGAACAUGGGUGCUUGGGGUGACGCCAAUGAGCGUCGUGCCGAUAGAAUGCCGAAGUUGCGUGUGCAAGUUGCCGACUCUCAGAGUCAGGCUCAGGCCAUCGAUCAGCAGGCUAUCGUGAAGGAAGCAAUGAUGAGUGAUCUUGGUCUCGCACGAGUCGAGGAUCUUCCUCUUGACAACACUCACCAUGAGCGUCACAUCCCCCAGCGUGCUCGUCGCGCCCCUGUCAUCCACGAGACUUCGGAGGCUCUCAACGGUUACCUAGCCAUGGCAAAGGACGGCCUCGAUGACGACGAGGCCAUGGGUGUCCGAGGUCUGAAUGACCUCGGCGGUCCCUGUGUAUACCGGCCUUCUGCCGGUCCUGCCCGCGACUUCACGGAGACUCGUCGUCCAAACCAGGAGAUGUUCCGGAGCAUGAAAGUCAGCAGCAAUGGAAUUCUGCUUCCUCCUGGUGCGGAGAUCCGCGUCUUCCAACCCACCAACGCCAAUCCUCAGGGCGAGGUUCACGUCAUUCAUCCCAUGAGAGGCCCCUCGAGAGCAGCUGCUCCCCAAGCUGCAAUUGCCCCUGUUGUCCAGGCUACCCAGGCUUCUGUCAAGACCGAGGAGAACAGCUCCCAGAAGUCCAGCAAGGCUCUUCCCCCUCACCUGAUGAGGAAGAGAACUACUGAGAUCUCGUCUCCAGCUGGCCCCGCUCCCAAGGUCCAGAAGAUUCAGACUGAGUCUCCGGCCCCCAUUAAGGCCCAAGAGACCCAGACUUCGGGCAACGAUGCUGCGUCAGGCAUGACGGAUGGCCCCUCCAAGGAUUCUGUCAAUCAAACUCAGCCGGUUGUCGCCAAGUUGAUUGUGUCCGAGGACCAAGCAACUCAUGAUUGUCGACGUUGGUCUGCAGCUUGCAGUGCUGCCAUCGGAGGCCAAUGGAAGGAUGCCAUCGUCGAGCUGAAGCUUGAAAACGAAAACCAUCCCGAUGGUCAAGCGCUCUUCGUGAUUAUCUUCCAGGAGGUUCCAUUCAAGCGCCACAGUCACAACCUCAAGGGUCACAAACUUGCCUUCCACAAGGGAAUUCAGUGCAUUGUCACGUUCGGCUCAUCCGGCUCUACCAUACGCUACAAUCUCAAGUUCGGGUCUGAAGAUGACGCAAAGAAUUUCCUUUCGAUGGCGGAGAUGCUUCAGCAAGUUAUUGAGUACGUCCAGAAUGUGUCGUCGAUCUGCGGAGAGGCUUCCAAGAUAGCGUCGAAGUCGGAGGCUUCUUCUGCUCCCAUUUCUCAGGAGGCUGCUUCGUCUUCAUCUGAGGGCGUCGCGCAAGAGAUGGCCGCUGCCGGACCCAAGGCUGUCACACAGGAGACUGACCUCAUUAUCCCCGAGGUCGAAGUCAGUCAGACUCUAGACAAGAUGACUGGAAUGGAGGACGCCUUCGGAAAGCUGUCGCUUGAUAAGGUCAAGGUCUCGUCGAUGUACAACACCGACCGUUCGGAUACGACGACUCGCCUUCAGUACACCGCCCAGGAACUUUUCGACCAACGCGGUUCUGCUGAAGCGCCUCCUGGCAUUCGUGAUGUGCAGAUCCCUUUACGCCAGGAGCUCAACGUCCGGAUGCCUUCACGUCCGCAGCAGGGUCAACAGAGGGCUGCUACCCCUAGCCCUCAGGUCACUCGCAACACCACCACCUUCUUGCAGGAUUGGAUCGCUGGAGGUUCGGCCUCGCAGGCUAAAACCGAGUCUUCCCAGCGGGUUGCCUCGAAGAAAGAUGUUUCGACUGAUCUCGAUACUUCUCUGACUUCCAAUCUCAUUGAUAUCGAGGCCGAGGGCGAAGCUGAGACGGCCCCGGCCCAGACCAUGUCUUCUGACGACACCAUCAAAGGCACGGCCAUUGUCAAGACCGAGGUCGAAGAGUCUUCCCGCGAUGGAACCACUGUGGUUGGAGAAUCCUUUGUCUCUUGGGAGACGGCCAAGUCUGAGCACACGGCAGAGUCUGCGGUCGUGGUCGACAAGCUAGCGCCUGCCAGCUAUUAUCAGGAGAAGACUGCCCAGGCCACUGACACCUCUGCUCAAAACACCCCAGUCGCCAUUCCUGCCUCGGCUUCGAACCAGGCUCCCAUCGAUCGCAAGGCAUCUGUUUCUGACGCGACUGAUCAGUCCGCCCAGACUACUCCCGCCGUGUCUGCUGCGAUGGGGCCCAACCCCUUGUUCGCUCCUAGCGCCCAGCAUUUCCAGGCUCCCAGCGUUCUUGGCAUGCCGCCUGCACUUGUCAGUCCCCAAAUGUCCCACCCUAUGGGAGCCCAGCCGAUGGCAUACCAUCCGCAGAUGUUGCAAAUGCUUCCUGGCUGGCAGCAUCUCCCUCCUCCGCCUCCCGGCAAGGUACACGCAGUUAGCGUUACUUGGCACGUCAGUUCAGAGGAGUCUCCCGCUGGAGAGCAACCGUCCAUGUACAACACCACUACGCAGGUCAAUACCCAUGGCCAUGGUCCUGCCUUUUCACCUGCAGCUCAGCCAUUCCAGCCUUGCCAGAAGAACCAGGCCUCCUCCACCGGCCCUCGGAUCCGUCGCGGCCUCGAGAGUUCUAUGUUCGCUACUGGCUGGUCCGGUGCCAAGUACGCCGGAAGCUUCACUGGAGGCACAAACUUUCAGUAA